UCUCAAAGGAAUUUCCCAGCUGGAAGCUUUCCUGCUGUUUUUCUACACUAAUCUCCCGAGUGAAGAGCUUUUUCCUCCAUCACGAGUGGAGUGUGAGGCAGGAGGUGGAGGGUGGAAUGUAGCAUCUCUCGGUACAUGGAGGCGUCGUUAGCCGCUAAUUUGGUUGACAGCGUUUUUCAGUCAGUUUGACGUGUUGGGAACGCGGCGCAGAUCCGCACGACGUUGCACCGACCUGAACUCGAUAGCUCGGCCGCAUAUUUAAUGAGUCCGCCGGCUGGUGUCACAUUCCCGGCUAGCAGGAGCAGGACUGUCAUGUGAGGGAAGGAAAGAAGGAGGGCUUUGCUCUUGACGGAGAACAGGGGAAGUUUGCCACUAAACUAGCAAAGAAACGGCAUAAAACCACUUUUUUACAACAAACAUAAAAACAUACUAUCAAUUACAUCAUGUUGUCCAGUCUAAAAUGACUACAUUUAUUUGAAUUCAUCAUGUUUACAUUUAUUUUCUCUAAUAUUUGUCGCAGCUCCCAGAACGAACGCUCUGUGUCAUUGCUGGCCUUCAAACAAACAUGCUUCACAUUAAAACAAAUGUUUUACUGCUAAAAAAAGGAAAGUAACAGUCAUUCACUGUAAAUGAGAAAUGGAUCAAAUGAGUGUGACGUCACCCUUAGAAAAUGAUUUACUUCCGGCUCCAACAAUGGAAUUGGAGCCAGAUGAAAGCAGUCAUUGACCGAGUUUGAGCCAUCGUUUCUAUGGUUACCACUUUCACCAAUAGGUUUGUUGGAAGUUUACGCCUAACCACUUUAAAUUGGGCUCAGGAGAAUCAAACCUUCAACAUUAGACCACCUGCUUUUAUUGAAGCAUCUGAUUGGUCAGUUUCUAACUUGAAUAGUAAGAUCAUGUUAAAAGGAAAGUUAACAGAGCAAUAAUGGUUAUUCUGGCACCAGAGACUUCCUGUUUGGAACGGUAAGGUCACUCAGUCCAGUUCUCAUUUACAGUCAAGGGGCUUGCGUUUUUGUAAAAUUCAAGGUCUUCUUUUUAUGGGACAACCUUUCACGAGUGAAAGUGGAAAGUGUUUUUCAGUGAAGUUUGGUCCCCAAAGGGAAAAUAAAAGGCCCCACCAAGAGAAAGAAGUAGUUGAACUGUACAGCAAAGCCAUGCGAGUGGUGGAGCUCACACAGAAGUUUAAGGUGAACAAGUCCACCAUUGGGACAAUCCUAAAAAAAAAAGGUUUGGGCGAAGGGGAUAACCAGGAUGGACAGCGAAUUGGUCAGGAAGUCGCUCUGCAUGAGGGGGAACGGCUCCCCGUGGUUUGGAUCAGUGAGAGGCAGAUGAAGGCGGAGCCAACGAGCCUGGAGCUCAUCUGCCAGAAGGCCCAGGUCAUUUAAGAAAGACCGAAGGAAGCUCAUGCAGAGGCAGGGUCCAGCUCGCAAGCUAAAGGAGAGGAGGAGGAGGAGGAGGAGUACUACCGGUGGUUCUACCGGUUCUAGAAGAGAAGUGGAAUCCACAGAGCGGUCCUGCAUGGAGAGGCAGCCAGUUCCGACAAAACCGCUCUGGAGACGUUUGCAGAAGUCCAGAAGGUGCUUCAAGAAGGAGGCUGCAGCUCUCAUACGCUGUUCAGUUGGGACAAAACUGGUGUACAUCACCAAGGAGGAGAAGACACUUCUUGGAUACAAGCUCAUUACGGCAGAACAAGAAGAAGAGGGGAGAGAUUUCCCAUUAAAAGACGAGAAGGAUAACAAAGUCCAGAUUCCUUGAUGCUGCAAGGAAGAGUGGUGGAUUUGUUUAGUGAGAAGGCCGUGGCCCACUUCAGGGACCUGCUGAAUAAGGCAGAGAGACGGGAGACUUUGGAUCCGUUCUUCCAGCCAGGUUCUGCUAAGAAACCUCCACCUGUUGGAGCUGAAGAACAGCCCGGUUCUUCUGCUCAAGAACAGUCCGUCGCAGCCUGUCUGCACACAUAGGUGAAUCUGGAAGGCUGACUGAUACAUAAAACGAAAUGUAACCCUCCUAUUCAGCGCUCUGUCGUCCUUUUUUGCCAGUUGUUUUUUAUUUUUUUGUGUGUGUUUUUUAGAACAGAGUACGUCAUUUCCUGUAGGAAAGGGUGGACAGUUUCUACGUUCAGGUGGUUGACAAAAAGUUACUAUUUCCCAGUAUUGUCGUUUACUGUCUUUAGUCAGGAUGAUCCACAGCUUGUUCCUCAUAAACGCUUCGGGGGACAUUUUCCUGGAGAAGCACUGGAAAAGCGUGGUCAGCCGCUCCGUCUGCGACUAUUUCUUCGAGGCGCAGGAGCGUGCCUCCGAGCCGGAGAACGUUCCGCCCGUGAUUCCCACGCCUCAUCACUACCUCAUCAGCGUGCUCAGGCACCGCAUCUACUUCGUGGCUGUCAUACAGAGCGAGGUGCCGCCGCUCUUCGUCAUCGAGUUUCUGCACAGAGUUGUGGACACCUUCCAGGACUAUUUUGGAGUCUGCACAGAAGCAGCGAUAAAGGACAAUGUAGUUGUGGUGUACGAGCUGCUUGAGGAGAUGCUGGACAAUGGUUUCCCCCUGGCAACAGAGUCCAACAUCCUGAAAGAGCUCAUCAAGCCUCCCACCAUCCUCCGCACCAUGGUCAACACCAUUACAGGGAGCACCAAUGUUGGCGAGCAGCUGCCCACCGGCCAGCUCUCCGUGGUGCCAUGGCGACGCACCGGUGUCAAAUACACCAACAACGAAGCCUACUUUGAUGUGGUGGAAGAGAUUGACGUCAUCAUUGAUAAAUCAGGAUCGACCAUCACUGCGGAGAUUCAGGGCGUGAUUGACGCCUGUGUGAAAUUGACCGGCAUGCCCGAUCUCACGCUCUCCUUCAUGAAUCCUCGGCUGCUGGAUGAUGUCAGUUUCCACCCGUGUGUUCGGUUCAAGCGCUGGGAGGCGGAGCGGAUCCUGUCCUUCAUCCCACCUGACGGCAACUUCCGUUUGCUCUCGUACCACGUCAGCUCUCAAAACCUGGUGGCCAUCCCUGUUUAUGUCAAACACAACAUCACCUUCCGGGAGGGAAGCUCCCAGGGCCGCUUCGACCUGACUUUGGGACCCAAGCAGACCAUGGGGAAGGUGGUGGAGUCGGUGCUGGUGAGCAGCCAGCUGCCGCGAGGCGUCCUCAACGCCAAUCUCAACCCCUCGCAGGGCACGUACACCUUUGACCCUGUCACAAAGCUGUUGUCAUGGGAUGUUGGUAAGAUCAACCCGCAGAAGCUUCCCAGUCUCAAAGGCACCAUGAGCCUGCAGGCUGGAGCCUCCAAACCUGAUGAGAAUCCCACCUUCAACAUCCAGUUCAAGAUCCAACAGAUGGCAAUCUCAGGACUGAAGGUAAACCGGCUGGACAUGUAUGGAGAAAAGUACAAACCUUUCAAAGGCAUCAAGUACAUGACCAAAGCCGGCAAGUUCCAGGUCCGGACAUGAAGCUCUGCUGCUCUGCCAGCUCGGGACCGAACCUCCACCAGUCUGUCAUGAGGGUGGGGGCAGGAGGGGGGCUGGUAUAUUCCCUAUAUGUUCGGAUUUCCCCUCUCAGCUCCAGCCACAGUAGCUGCAGAUCAAUGUAGCAGCUGGAAGCUGAUGGCGCUCUGACCUUGAAACCCCCGUCCACACUGAACUCAGUUUAACCCAAAUGAUGGUUCUGCUCAUGUUUUGACCCCCCCCCCCCCCCCCCCCCCCCCCCCCCCUGCAGGGUUUGGACCAAACCAAAUCAUCAAAUAAAAACUCCAGAAUUCACACAAACAAAUCUGUUCCACUCUAAAAAUGUGAAUGUGAAAUUUGCUUCCAGUUGCUACGGAAACGAGAUGCUUCUAAGGUUCCCCAAUUGUUUUUUAAAUUGGUUUUAAAAAGGUGGUGUUUGUUGUUUUGUUUGUUUGUUUGGUCUUUUUGUUUUGCAGCACUUCACAGUAGAGAACACUGGUCUCAUGUUGGUACCAAUCUCAUCAUUUGUGGUCCAAACUUCACCUGUUUUAUGCAAUUUCAGGUGUUAUUUAUUUCAAACAUCUUUUUUUUUUCCCCAACGGGUUUUUCUUUUAAGCUUUUACUCACUGUACAUUUGAUAUUUAAACAAAAAAAAGGACAAAUGUGGUUGUAUUGUAUCAUUUCUCUAUUAAAAAAAAAACAUUCCUUGUUCCUGUGUAACAAGAUGCUGACUGUCGCUGUGGCAACUGCAGUAGUUGAAGGUUGGUCCUUGUUCCUGUGUGUACAAUCGGCCAGCCAUCGUGAUCUCUUCUCUUGCCUCCAGUUUUGCAUUUGUUUGCAUGGAACAAGCCAAACAUGAAAAAUGACACUGAUUAUGGAGCUUUUUAAGGAGACAAGGUACGUUCAGAGGCCUACAGUUUGUGUUUACAGCCUUUUGUUCUCUGCACAGCCUCUGAUGGAGUGUUGCUACGGUGAAAAUAAAUGUAUUUGAACCAACUCA